AAUCAAACGAUCAUUUUUCUCAGUUGGAUUGUUUGAACAUAGGCGGUGAACUGUGAGGAAGGAUGAAUGAUGGGUGGUGAUUCGGAGCCUCCGUCAUGAAUCCAUCCUCCUCGAUCUCGUCUUCAACUACUUCGUGGUUCUCGAGCAUAGUUCGCGGUCGGUCUGAAAAGCUUGAAAACCCCAAUAUGGCGGACAACGCUAACGCGAGUGAUGGUAGUAGUUCCCUCACUCGUAAGAACAAUUUACGAGGUGUUCUCUUCAAGUAUGGCCCCAAGUCUUCUCAGGUGGCGUUUAAAACAGGCGAGUUCAAACAACAAGUCAUAUUUAUUGGUGGAUUGACUGAUGGUUUUCUGGCAACUGAGUAUUUGAACCCUCUAUCAAUUGCAUUGGAAAAUGAAAAAUGGUCCUUGGUGCAACCACUGCUUUCAUCUUCUUAUAUCGGAUAUGGCACCUCCAGCUUGAAAGAAGAUGCCCUGGAGCUUGAUCAACUGAUUGGUUAUUUCAUAAAUAAGGAAGAUUCUGAGGGAGUGGUGUUACUUGGGCACAGCACUGGCUGUCAGGAUAUUGUGCAUUACAUGCGUACAAAUGCUGCAUGCUCCAGAGCAGUCCGUGCAGCCAUUCUACAGGCCCCAGUUAGUGACCGGGAAUAUAGAGCAACUCUUCCUGAAACAGCGGAAAUGAUUGACUUGGCUUCAUCCAUGAUACGAGAUGGCCGAGGGAUGGAUUUAAUGCCAAGGGAAGCAAAUCCAGAUGCCCCAAUAACUGCCUAUAGGUAUCAUUCUCUUUGUGCAUACAUGGGUGAUGAUGAUAUGUUCAGUUCAGAUCUUAGUGAUGACCAACUGAAAAUGAGACUUGGUCACAUGGCAAGUACACCUUGUCAGGUAAUCUUUUCCAUGGCUGAUGAGUAUGUACCUGAGUAUGUUGAUAAGAAAGCAUUGGUGGAAAAAUUAUGCAGAGCUAUGGGUGGAGCAGAGAAAGUUGAAAUUGAAUGGGGAAACCAUUCCCUCUCAAACAGGGUCGCAGAAACAGUAGAGGCCAUUGUAGACUUUGUCAAAGGAGAGGGACCCAAAGGUUGGGAUGACCCAUGGAGCUAAUAUAAGCUUGCCCCUUUUCUUUUGUUGUGUGCUACAUUUUCUUUUUCGACACAUUAAUCUUGUAUUCUCAAUUAUUUUUGUGUUUCUACUAUUUGUUCCUCCCCCCCCCCCCCCCCUUCUCCUUCCCUCUCUCUCCAGUUCUUGAGAGUCUAACCUGAUUAAAGAUGCACCUCAACUGUGCUUUCAACAGUUUCUUUGUUUAUUACUUGGGAUGAGGCUAUGUUGUUGUAUAAAUUUUUCUAAUACAGUUUGUUUCACA